UUCCCCAGUACCUCGCGCUGCUCAUUUUCUCCACGAGCUGUCACCCCCACACAGCUUCAACUGCACAGGAAUCCGCGCGUGCUACAGCGAACGUCCAUUCCCCGAAACGGAAUCUCAUCAUCGGCUACACUACUAUGAUCUGAUCCGAAAAGCGGCUAUUUCACAUGACUGAUAUCUGCAGUGGAGCGGCGUCGUGACUGGAGUUUGAGAGAGAGAGGGAGUAGAGCUGCUAAGAAAAUCGUGCACUCUACUCUACCCGGCAGCCUAAAUAUAACGUAAGUGCUUUGUGGAGGGAAUCAGCGGCUUUUGGAUCCACUAUUUGGCCGAGUCUGACUCGGUCACGACAAAGCUUCAAUGUAAUGCGGACCUCACUCCAGACUAGCCCGGGAGCACCCCCCGAGGCAGCCGAAAUGAUGUCACAGUGGUGUCCCCCCAUCAAGAGUGUCCCACUUCCGAGAGAGAGAGAGAGAGGGAGUCAACCACCUUCACACAGAGAGAGUGAGAGCUCUCGAGCCCAGCCUAGCAUCUGUGACGGUUCCCCUGUUAAACGGCAGCUGCGCCGAAUUCAGCAAAUGCUCCUCAGCCCCUCCAGGACGGAGCCAGACGCCAGGAGACUCGGGGGAGGAGGGGGUUCACCCUGCGUUUGGCUGCCCAGCGUGAUGAGCCAAAGCUGGGGACCAUGUUGAAGCCCAGCUGGCCAUGGAACAGGCCCCUGGGGCUGCUUUUGUGCAGGCAUGGAUUAUAGCCUUGCUGCUUGCUGAUGCUGCCUCUCACUCUUUUUUUUUUUUCUCGACGUGGAUAUCUGCCAUGAGCGUUGUUAAAGGAUAAUAAGGAGGAAGAGAAGGCUGUGAGUUGAGCCCCGUAGAAAGAGCAAGAGGAGGGCUUCCAGCAGCAGUGAUGAAGAGGCCCUUCCUCAUCCCUGGCUCUCUCUACAGGGUCCCUGCUGGGGAACCUGUGCCUUUUAUCUAAGGCGUCUGCAGACUGUGAAUCUCAAAGGGAAUAUUUAUUCUGGAUUCAUAAUUGGGGAAAUCUUUCUGUGGAAAUACGCAGCACACAUUUUUGGGCUGACGAAACCCCAGGAAUAAAGGAAUGGAUUAUAAGCACAGCACUGUUUUAUUGCUGCUCUAUCUUUAAGCCAUCCCUCUAUUCUCUUUAUACUUACACACUCACCUGUCACCCGCGCGCCCCUCUCGCCUCGCGGACCCCGUCGCCAUGGCGGCGGCCUACCGCGUUGUGGUGAGCAGCGUGAGCUGUUACAACAGCGUGGUGGUGGACCGGCGGGUGCACAAGCACGCCGUGCACUACUGCGCGGGGCCAUGUGGCGCCGUGUCGCAGGGGCUGGACUGCGCCGUGGCCCACCGCGGCACGUGCUCGGAGCUGCUGGUGGCCCCCGAGCACGGGCCCCUGGACCGCAACUGUUCCAUGCACACGUACUCUCAUCACAUCACCACGGCGACCGGGACGACCUACCAGGUCUCCGCCGGCCACGGGAAUAGUCUUUCCGUGGACACGGGCGGGGGUCUGGAGAGGGCAGGGAGCACCGGCAACAUGUCCAUGGGAGAGGAGAGCCCCCCGUGGAGGGUGAAGAAGUCCCCCGGCGGGGGGGGCGGCUCCAUGGGGAACCUGGCGUCCGCCACCAGUCUGAAGGACAUCACGGGCGAGGCCAUCAACCUCGCCAGCGGGAAGCUCAAAGAGUUCUCCUUCGACAAGCUCCGCCUCUCCGCGUCCAGCCACGUCACCUUCCGCAAGGGCCGCAAGGUGCGCCCCGAUUCGUUCAGCCGCCGCUCCACCGACCUGGACAUCAUCUACGGCCACUUCAGCUCCUCGGUGACCACCAACGGCUACGCCGCUAACGCUAGCCCCGUGAACGGCACGGCGGCGGCGGCGGCGGCGGCGGCGUCCAACGACGAGAACCUUCCGCCGUUCACCGCGGCCAAAGGGCCGACGGUGGAGGAGGGGAAGGGGAAGGGGGCGGGCAGCUUGUCCGCGGUCACCAAGGUCGGCGGAGGCUCGACGGGCAGCCUCUCCAGCGCGUGCAGCGGGUCCCUGGACCAGGGCCUGAACACGGUGGCCUCGCUAUACCUCAACACACUGGGGGAGGAGAACCUGAUCGCCAGGCUACUGGAGAAGACCCGGGCCGAGGCGGGAAACGGAGUGGGCGGAGAGGACAUCCGCGCCUGCCUGGACAUCCUGCUGAAGUGUUCGGAGGACCUGAAGAAGUGCACGGACAUCAUCAAGCAGUGCAUCCGGCGCAAGGGCCCCGGCGGGAGCGGAUCGGACGACGAGGGGGCCAAUCCCGAGAGCAUUUACCGGGCUGUGAUGACUCGACUGAGCUCCUACCUGAAGAGGCUUCCCCUGGAGCUGGAGGGCAUCGGGGGUCUCGGCCGCCUGGUCGGUGGGCAAGGGGGCCCGGGGGCACCGUCCAGCGGGCACAGUGAGCUGGCGGAGCUCGUCAACAGCCUCCACUCCAUCCAGCAGGGUCCCUUCUCCCCCAUCUUCGGCCACGAUCAACCCCCCCGAUACGAGGAUGUGGUGCAGUCCCCCCCGCUCCCGAAGUCCCCGUCCCUGCCCUCCUCUGCUCCGGCCCCGUCCAGCUGCUCAGCGACCUACUCAUCGACUUCGUCCUCCAACUCCUCGUCCUCUUCCUCAUCCCCUUCGAGAGCAGAGACCGUAAACGCCAUGCAGCUGCAGGGCUCCAAACCGAGUCAGCUGACCAACGGACUGCAGCGUUCCCCCCACCACCAUGCUCUCCCUCCCCCGGCGUUCACGCACUCUGCCUCCUCGCCUUCGUCGUCUCCGUCACACUCCCCUCUCCCACUUUACAACCACGCCCUGCCGGCAACCCCCAUGGAGGCGCUCUUCAUCGAGGAGGACGCCGAUGUCGGCAAGAGUGGUGAACAGUCGUCCCCGCAAGCGUAUACCCCCAGCAGGGGAGCGAUGGAGAGACGUUCCCAGUCGCAGAUCAGAAACGGCACGGCGUAUGCAAAAGACACACUCCCAGCCUCCCCACCUCGCACACUCCGGAGCACCUUGGGUACUCCGUCAUCCGGUGCCGGUUACAAGUCCUCGUGGGAUUCGACAAGCCCUGCGGCCCCCAAAGCCGACCCGGGAACACCGUACAGGAACGACGACAUCGACAAGCUCCUGCUGGACUUGGAGAACCUCUCCCAGAGCAUGAACCACCAGAGGGAGAAAGAGCCUCCUCUGCCGGUUAAGACCAGGAAGAUGACGGGGGAGGGUGGCGUGGGAAAGACUGCCAGCCUUGCUCCACCCCAGCCCUCUGCAAAGCUUCAAUCCAAGGCACAGACCCAGACACCAGCGAAUCACAUUUCAUCCAAUGGCUCUAACUCCAAGGCCACACAAGGCCUGAUACCUGUGCCUCUCCCGGGGGAAAGCCAUGGAGAAGGUGGUGGUGGGGGGGGGGAAGAGGACGGGGCCCUGCUUCUGCGGAUCCUGGAGAGCAUCGAGAGCUUUGCUCAGGAAUUGGUGGACUCUGGGGCGGGGAGCACCGGCAGUUCGGAGAGGAGCAGUGGGAAGGAGAGGGAAGUUAUGAGACUUCUACAGGAUACACUCGCCACGGCCGGCAGGGCUGAGACCCCUCCUCAGAGCACACAGAUGUCAGCGCUGGCCUCUGUGCCGCCCGUGGACCUACCCGAAUCAGUUCCUGCUGUGCCUCCGAAACACAGCCGCUCGAACCCUCCUGCGGCUUCGCCAGCACCCGUCCCACACACACCCGCCAAGCACAAGGUCCAAGCCGAGGAAUCGGAGACCCCUGCGGCAAAAACGUCCGCACCUUCACCUGGAGCCCUACCUUCUCCACCGGUCGUCCUAAACACCUCGACUCCGGACACUGCUCAAACCGAAGCCUUGGCCACCGUCGUUGAGGUGACCACCGUCGCCGGGAGGGAUGAUGACGGCCCCGUGGGCAGCCCUGCUGCUGUGAGGAACACCGGCUCCACCCUCCUGAUUCAGCAGACUCCUGAAGUGAUCCGGAGCCUGAACACCCCUUACUAG